CGUGCAUUUUUAGUGAGUUUUAGCUCGUUUAAAGGUUUAACCUUGGCUCUGUUGUGUUUAUAUUGUGAUAUUUUAUUAAUUGAAGACAGUAAAAAUGGAUUCAACUGUGGAGGAAGGUCAAUACAGUGAUGCGGAUGAAGAUGACAUAAAAUUUCUUCAAGAAAAAAGAUGUGGCGGUAAUGUCAAUGAAGGCUCUUUUUAAUUUCAUUACUGAUCCCACUGUAACGGAAGAUAAUAUGGAUGAAUAUCUCGAUACAGUUUCGAAUCAAAUGACACAGGAAUCGCAAGAAUUAAAUCCAGAGCAAGAAGUGGACGAAGAAGUAUUUAAACAAGCUUAUAUUCCUCAAAGGCUUGCUGAGGUUAUCGACGUUGAAAGGGAUAUAAAUCUAGCGAAAACUGGAAAAGAGAACUUGAUCUACAAAACUUUAGUAGGUCUAAAAGCCGAUUUGUCGAUGCCGGCGAAAAUUCCGGAAAUUCUCGCCACUAAAGAUCGUUCCAAUAAAUCUGACGAGGAUGGUGUCACUAGUAGUAGUGAUGAAGAGGAUUCGGAAAAUUCCGAUCUCGAGGAUUAUUCUGAGGAUAGUGAAGGCAAUAAAAUAUCGAAAUUUAUCAAUGCUGCGCGUCCACGGAAUGAAACUUCUGAAAAUAAAAAGGCCCGGAAAAAGGCAGUCAAAGAGGAGCAAGCAGAGAAAAGGAAAAGCAAAGUUAAAAAGCACCUUAAGAAGAGAAAAGAAAGAAUUGCAAAGAAGAAAUAGGUAUAGAACUAUAGCAUGUAAUGCAUAAAAUGAUGUAUUAUCGAUGAAAAGUGUACAUAAAUAUAUUGUCUUAUCUGCA